AUAAGAAUUCGGUUUCUUGGCGCGAAACGUGAAUGUUGAAGGUCGAAUGUCUAUCCACAGAAUAAUCCUUCUUCUUCCCCGAUUGACAGAUAUCAGCUGGGUGGCGAUUCAAGGUUGCUACUCUCCUCCCGUGGAGCCAACCAAUCUGUGGCGGGCACUUGCUACCUUCGGAAGUCUGCCACAAUACUAUAAAGAUAAGGAUAUUUCGAUUCCUAUCUUCCUGCACUAAAAAUUGGAAAAAUCAGAAAAAAUAUGGAGAUUGAAAGAAAGUUGAGUUUUGGCGAAUUAAAGUUACAAAAAUGGAUUAUUAAACAAUGUUACUCGAUAGGAAUAAAAAGUCCUACAUCUAUACAGUCAAACUGUAUACCCAAAAUUUUAGAAGGCAGAGACUGUAUUGGAGCUGCGAAGACUGGUAGUGGAAAAACAAUGGCAUUUGCAUUACCUAUUGUUCAGAAGUUAUGUGAAGAUCCAUAUGGAAUAUUUGCAUUAGUUUUGACUCCAACUAGGGAGUUAGCUUAUCAAAUAGCAGAUCAAUUUACCAUUAUUGGAAAACCAAUGAACUUGAAAACUUGUGUAGUAGUUGGUGGAAUGGAUAUGGUGGAACAAGGAAGAUUACUCUCACGAAGUCCUCAUAUUGUAGUGGGAACACCUGGUCGAUUAAGUGAUCACUUAGAAAGUUGUAAUACUUUUACAUUAUCUAAAAUAAGGUUUUUGGUACUAGAUGAAGCCGAUAGAUUACUGGGUGGACAUUUUGACGAACAAAUAAAAGUUAUAUUCUCUGCACUGCCUAAAGCACGCCAAAAUUUAUUUUUUUCCGCCACUAUUACGGACACAUUAAAUAUAUUAAAAAGUACAAUAGGUGGUGAAGUAUUUUUAUUUGAAGAUAAGAACCAAGGUGAUGCAGCAACUGUGUCAGAACUUAAGCAGCAAUAUUUAUUAUGCCCUAAAGAUGUCAAAGAUGCAUAUUUAGUUGAACUGCUAAGAGAUUAUAGGACAAAAAAUGAAAAUGGAAAUAUUAUGAUUUUUACAGACACUUGUAAAAAAUGCCAGGUUUUGUCUAUUACAUUAAAUGAAGUAGGUAUAGACAAUGUAGCCCUCCAUGCAAUGAUACCUCAGCAACAAAGAUUGGCAGCUUUAAACAGAUUUAAAAAUAAUACUGUUAAAAUACUUAUAGCAACAGAUGUUGCUAGUAGAGGUCUUGAUAUUCCCACAGUCCAAUUAGUUGUUAACCAUAAUGUACCAAAAGUACCAAAAGAGUAUAUUCAUAGGGUUGGUAGAACAGCAAGAGCAGGUAGAGGUGGUUAUGCUGUAACACUAGUUACACCUUAUGAUAUAAAAUUACUGAAAGCUGUAGAAGAUCUAAUUAAUGUUAAAUUAACCGAAUUAAAAAUUAAUGAUAAAGAAGUUGGGAAAAUUUUUACACAAGUUUCAGUUACUAAGAGUGAAGCGUAUAUUAAAUUAGAUGAAACUGAUUUUUAUGAGAAGAAAUUGACAAAUUUAAGGAAAAAAUGGAUUUUGGAAGGUUUAGACCCGGAGGAAGAGGAACAGAAAUUAUUUAAAAAAGGAAAAAUAGAUAAAAAACAGAAGAAAACAACAAAGAAGAAAAAAAUAAAGGCAAAAUCUCUGAAAUUGUGACAUUAAAUUAAUUGUUGAUUUUUUUUUACUACAAUGAAAAUAAUAUAUGUAUUUUUAAUUAUUA